AUGGGUCUCCAGAAGCUGGCUUCGGGCCUUUUGGGUAUUCGAUCGGCUGAGUCUAUCAUCCCUGAAAGGAUUGCUGCGCAAGGAUGUCAUGCUACCAUUGCUGAUGAAACGGCUCAGAAAGCCGCCAGCGAGCUCGAGCGCGGGCUUGAUCGAUCAGAGUUGGUGGUGUUGGAUAUUCAGUUUUUAAAGAUUACGUUAAAGGAGAUUGCUGAGGAUGAAGCUGCUUUAGAUUUCUUGCUUGAUGAGGUGAUUGUUGUCACUGCAGAGCGUCGUUUAGAUCCAACUCCUUUAGAACCUCCCAUAUUGGACAAACUUGCACAAGCAAAGUUAGCAAAGAAAUCAGUGCAGAGCCCUGUUUUUGAAAUUGGGGGAAAAACGCGGGAGAAGGGGAGGGGAUUUUCGCCGGGAAAGCGUAUGGGAUGGCGGGAUUUUGGGGAUGCUGCGCGCAUUCUGCACCGAGCUCACCCCAACAUGGGUCUCCAGAAGCUGGCUUCGGGCCUUUUGGGUAUUCGAUCGGCUGAGUCUAUCAUCCCUGAAAGGAUUGCUGCGCAAGGAUGUCAUGCUACCAUUGCUGUCUGUGCAAUGAUGCUUGUGAUGAAGGCCUCGGGCAAAAAUUUGUUUUACCUCAGCUCCUAUUGCUUCCAACUAUAUAACAAGGCAGACAAAAAGGAUAAUACAUUACCGAUGACAUGA